GCCUCUCCUCUUCUGGCUCUCAUCCGCGGUCAUACGUAGGCGACACAGCUACUCGUUAUCGAUUGUUCUACUUAUACCGCAGCUCAGUCGUCCUUCGCUCACGUUUGUAGUAACGCGAACAAUGGAUCCGACGCCAGAGACCCAUGCGACGUUCGCGACCCCUUCCCCUGGCGACGCUUCACAGCACCAAACCGCACCCGAUCAGACCCCGGGUUCCGUCCGCAUGCUAGCCCUUCGUCCUUCGCCUUUCGCGCUCGAGAACUGUCCGAACGACACCAGCGACCUUCCGACGAGUACUUCAGAUUCCAAGUCGCAUAUGGCUGGACUUGACGACGCGGCUCGCCGCUACUCUCCGCUCUCUGGAGAUCCGUCCCGGCGCGGGAACGCAACGGGAACUCCAGACGACGGCGAUAAGCUGUCGGCCGACAGCGUCGCGCAGAUCCUUCAAAUCGCGUCCGCGAUCGAGUCGCUCUCGCUGGUCAGCUGCAUUGAGGCGGGGCGAUCGCCGGCGACGCGCCGGCGUCGCUCCCCAUGACCAAAUCAGAGUUCGCCACGGUGGUGCUGCCGGCGCUGCCACGUCAACUCAAGGCCUGAA